AUGGAAGGUUCUAAAAGGGAUAUUAUUGAAAAUAGUAAUAAUGGCAAUAAUAAAGGUGUCGUAAUUGAAGAAUUGGGUGAAACGUACUACACAAAUUCAAAACCAAGCACUAGUGCAGAUUGUAAAUAUUUUAGGGAUUCUUUUGAAUUUGGUAGUAAUAAUAAUAAUAAUAAUAAUAAUAAUAAUAAUAAUAAUAAUAAUAAUAAUAAUAAUAAUAAUAAUAAUAAUAAUAAUAAUAAUAAUAAUAAUAAUAAUAAUAAUAAUGAAGAAAAGUCAAAUAACGAGACUGAAAAGACUUUAGAAAGUAAUGGAGAUACUACUACUACUACUACUACUAAUAAUAAUAAUAAUAAUAAUAAUAAUAAUAAUAAUAAUAAUAAUAAUAAUAAUAAUAAUAAUAAUAAUAAUAAUAAUAAUAAUAAUAAUAAUAAUAAUAAUACCAAUAGUAGUAAUGAUAUAUAUAUGAAUUCACCAUCAUCAACAUUAUCAUCACCAGGUAAUGCAGGCAAUAAUUUACCAAUUGGAUGCACCAAACCAAAUGUACCAAAAUCACCAUAUAGUCCAUCACCACCACAUCUAUAUAAAUCAAAUUCAACCUCUUAUUUAAAAUCUUCUUUUUUUAGUGGAAAUGGUAGUAGUAGUAGUAGUAGUAGUACUACCACCACCAAUAUUAAUAGUAAUAAUUCAAAUACAAAUACUUAUAGUACAAGUACAAAUGUAAAGAAAAAUAAUAGCAAUACAAAUAGUAAUACAAAUAACAAUACAAAUGGCAAUACAAAUACUAAUAGUAAUAGUAAUAAAAAAAAUAUAAAUUCAAAUAGUUCAGAUAAUAUAAUAAUUAAUGAUACAGCAGAUAUAAUGAAUAGAAGAAGGGAUAGAUUUAAAUCAUUUUCAUGGACAAUUGGAGAAUCUAAUUCAAAUAGUAAAUUUAGUGAACUAUCAAUGAUAUCAUCAAAAUGUAAAAGUAUAAAGAGUGAAUUUACACCAUUGUUUGAAACGUUGACAGUUUUUGAUGAAUCUGAUAAAAUCAGGCAUAGUCUCAUACAGAAUCAUUAUAAGACAUUAUUGAUUCAAAAUCCAGCAUCACCAAAUCGUACAUUAUUAACAAACUUACUCCAAAGAAGAGGUCAUAAUUUAACAACUUGUCCAAUAGAUAUUAAUCAUGUAUUACAAUUAUUACAAAAAGAAUCUUUCUCUUUAUUCAUUUUUGAUCCAAAUGAAUCAAUUAUUAAUAAUACUUCAAAUAGUAUAAGUAGUAAUGAACCAAUAUCAUUAUCUUCAUCUUCAUCUUAUUAUAAUAAUAAUAAUAGCAAUAACAAUUCUGUAAAUAAUAAUAAUAAUAAUAAUAGUGGUAAUUCAACAAAUAAUAAUAGUCCAUCAAGUCAUACACCAAAUUCACCAAUGAUAUUCCAACCAAUUGUUUCAAAUAUUUGUAGUAAUAGUGGUGGUAGUGGUAAUAAUAGUCCUCAUCAUAUUGAUAAUAAUAAUAAUAGUAAUCAGCAACAACAACAACAACAACAACAACAACAACAACAACAACAACACCAACACCAACAACAACAACAACAAUCAUCAUCAACAACAGCAACAACCAACAAUUCUUGUACAUUAAAUCAACAACAACAACAACAACAACAACAACAACAACAACAACAACAACAACAACAACAACAACAACAAUCACAACCAACAACACCAACACAAUCAACACAAUCACCAACAACAUCAAUUAGUUUUAGUAAAAAAAAGAAUUUAACGAUAAAUACAAGUUUUAAAACAUCACCAAUGUCAUCACCAAAAUCAUUUAAUAAACCAUCACAAUCACCACAAAAUAUAUUUAAUAAUUUCUCAAAUACAUAUAAUCCAAACAAUAUUGAAUUUUGUAAAAUAUUGAAAUCAAAGUUAACAGAAUUUGAAACUGUGAUAGUAUUGACCGAGAGUACUGAUCCAUCUGAAUUUUGUCAAUAUAUUGAUGCGGGUGCAACUGAUUAUAUACCUCAACCAAUCUCACCAAUACUUUUAGAUCUUCGUUUAACCACUUGUCAAAAGUUGGUUAAUAAUAAUCUACAUUUAAAGAAGGCUGAAUCAUUAAAGGAUGCAACUCGUAAGAUGGUAACUUGUAUUGAAAAUUCACCAGACUGUGUCGAAAUUUGGGAUCCAAGUGGACAUAUUCAAUAUUUGAAUCUAGCUUUCUCUGAGAUGACUGGUUUUGCUCGUUGGGAAUUAUUAGGUAAAGAAUUUUCAAAUCUAAUAGAUAAUACUGAAAUCAUUCCAAAUAUGUGGGCAACACUAACCGAUAAGAAAACUUGGAAUGGUUUCAUUAGAACUCGUCAUAAUAAUAAUACUUUAAUCUAUUUCGAGGCUUCAAUCUCACCGGUAUUAGAUCAAUUUCAACAAAUUCUCUAUUAUAAUUGUACAAAAAGAGAUGUAACUCAAAAAAGAAUAGAUGAAGAAUCAAAAACUUUAGAACAAAAUAAAAUCAUUGAAAAGUCACGUUUACGUCUAUCAAUGAUGAGUCAUGAUAUUAGAACUCCAAUGUCAAAUAUCAUUGGUAUGGCUGAUCUAUUAUUAGAUACUUCUCUAUCUCAACAUCAACAUCAUUAUCUUGAAAUUAUUAAAAAUUCUUCAAAUACUUUAUUAACAAUAAUUAAUGAUAUUUUAGAUAUUUCAAAGAUUGAAGCAGGUAAAUUAGAUAUUGAUUAUGAAAGUUUUGAUUUUAAUGCAACAGUAUCACAAGUUGUAGAAUCAAUGGCACAAAGAGUACAAUCUAAAGGAUUAGAAUUAUUAAGUUAUGUUGAUCCAAAGAUACCAAAUAUAUUGAUUGGACCAAGUAGUAGAUUGAAUCAAAUUUUAACUAAUCUUUUGGGAAAUUCUUUGAAAUUCACUGAUAAAGGUGAGAUUUCAAUUUGUUGUCUAUUGAAUGAUGAAACUGAUAGUGAAUAUGAAAUAAAGGUUGAUGUAAGGGAUACUGGUAUUGGUAUAAAGAAAGAAGCUUUACCAUUACUCUUUAAAGCUUUCACUCAAGCUGAAGGUACAAUCACUAGACAAUAUGGUGGUUCAGGUUUAGGUUUAGCAAUUUGUAAAGAGUUGGUUCAUUUGGCUUUCAAUGGUGAAAUCUCUGUUGAAAGUCAGUAUGGUCAUGGUAGUACUUUUACUUGUAUUUUAAAGUUUAAAAAGUUUUUACCAUCUGAUUCUCAAAAUUUAUUACCUGCAAGUUCACCAUUACAACAACAACAGCAACAGCAACAACAUCAACAACAAACACAAUUUCAUCAACAUCAACAACAAACACAAUUUCAUCAACAUCAACAACAACAAUUACAACAUCAACAACAUCAACAACAUCAACAAUUACAACAACAACAGCAACAACAACAACAAUUACAACAACAAUUACAACAACAUCAACAACACCAAUUACAACAACGUCAACACCAUCAACAACAAUUACAACAACAACAACAUCAUCAUCAUCAACAAGUUCAUUUACAACAGCAACAACAACACGAACAUGACGCUCAACAUAAUCAACAUAUACAACAACAACAACAGCAGCAGCAACAACAACAACAACAACAGCAGCAACAUGAACAUAAUAAUAAUGGCCACCAUAAUAGCCAUGGCCAUAAUCAUCAUGGUAGUCAUCAUAAUCAUAAUCAUCAACAUAAUAAUAAUAAUAAUAAUAUUACAAUUAAUAAAUUACAACAUCAAGAAAAGAAACAAAAAUCAAAUGAACAACAAUUAGAAUCAAUAACUGAAAAUAGUUUUUCACCAAUAGUUGAACCAAUGGUUAUUAGUGAUCCUGAUACACCUGAGGCAUUAAAUAUAUCACAAUCACCAUCACCACAAUCGAUUCAUAAUGGUACUACAAUCAAUCAACAACCAACAUCACCAUUGAAUACACUCGGUUCGAAAUUUGAUUUCUCUGGUGCAAAAAUGUUAUUCAUUGAAAGAAAUGAUACAAGUAGAGGUAAUUUAUUUAAACAAUUAUUGGCUUGGAAUAUUCAAUUAGAAUUGGUUGAAGAUGGUGAAAGUGGUUUUCGAAAAUGGAAACAAUCUAUUGAAUCAAAUUCACCUUAUUCUAUAAUUAUUAUGGAUUUAAAUACUCCUGGUGUUGAUGGUGCUUCAUUACCAAUGAGAAUAAAAAAAGAAUUAGAAUUAAUGCAACAACAUCUACAACAACAACAAGAACAAGAACAACAACAGCAACAAGAACAACAACAAUCCGAGUUACAAAAACAACCAGAUGUUGAAAAUAAAAAUUCAUCUCAAAAUAAUGACAAUAAUAAUAAUAAUAAUAAAUCAAAUAGUAGUGGUGGUAAUCAAUGUAUAUAUCGUUCACCAAUUAUUAUGUUAAUGCCAAUUCAAUUUUUAAAUUCACAAUUAGAAGAUAAUUUAAAAGAUGCUGGUGUUUGUGCUAUACUUUCAAAACCAAUUAGAAUGAGCCAAUUGGCUGAUGUUUUCAUGAUGUAUUUAGGUCCAAAUAGUGAACACAAUAAUAAUAAUAAUUAUAAUAACAAUAAUGGUAAUGGCUAUUUGAAUGGUGGAGGCGGUGGUGGUGGUAGUGUUAAUGGAACUGGAAAUGGAACAUUACAAGUUGGAAUGAGUAAUGAUGGUGGUAAUGGAUGUGGUGUAGUCUCUUUUUGGAAUAAACAGAGAAGAGCAUCCGCUGAAGAACAAGAACAAGAUCCAUCGAAAUUAUUGGGUAAAGUUUUAGUUGUAGAUGAUAAUCAUAUCAAUAUUCAAAUCCUUUCUAAAAUGCUUCAAACUGUUGGUUGUGAAGUUGAUUCAGUGCUAAGUGGUGCCGAUGCUUUGGCAAAAAUUAAUCAAUCAUCUGGUGACUCUUAUGAUGCAAUAUUCCUUGAUAUUCAAAUGCCCGACAUGGAUGGAUUCCAAGUAUCUAGAAAAAUUAGAGAAAGAGAGAAAAAAUUCUCAUUACCAAGAGUAGCCAUCAUUGCAACAACAGCAAACGUUUUCAAAGAAGAUCAAUUAAAAUGUUUUGAUGCUGGUAUGGAUGAUUUCAUUUCAAAACCAAUUAAAAGAGCUGAAAUUAAAGAAAUCAUUAAAAAAUAUGGUAAAAAUGGUAAUCAUCAAAGUGGUAGUGCUUAUAGUCUUUAUAAAUUAAGUUAA